AUGAAGAGGGCCAAAGAUGAGCAGACGCCCUCGGAUGAAGACAAGUACGAAAAAUACUCCCUAUACAAAAGCGACAAGGAUACGCCCGGAUCGCACGCACCCUCUCCUUCUUCAGUUAGCACGAAUCAAGUGGAGUCCGUUUAUUUUGUAAAUUACAGAGCCGUGGUUAUAAAAACCAAGCGGUACUAUGUCACUCAGAAUUCUUACAUGCUCUUUGGAGAUGUGUUCAAAAUAUAUAACCUAAAAGGAGAAAUAAAAAAAAUACAUGCAUUUUUUCCAGGGGAUGAAAAUAAUUUAUCUGAUACCCUCAUUAUGCUCAAGACGACGGUGAUCGCUGUCACCACAUCCAAAGCAGAAGCCUUACGUGUAGCAGACGGAAUAGAAAUGACGUGCAAGAUUUGCCGCAAAAAGAGGAAGGCUACGAAAUUUUCUAUUGAGGGUUUCCUCAGGAAGGUCAGGUGUGACACGUGCAGAGUAAAACCGAAAAAUACUCUUAACAAAACGAGACGGGCCAAUAACGUUAAGGAGGAACAACAAGCGUUUCCUGAAGAUCCUUCCAAUACCACUAACGAGUCUUCUUGCGCACUGUCCACUGUGCCUGAAAUGGUCACUACAGGUAACCUCUCACGCGCGGGGAGGAAGAGUGCCCCUCUUUGCAACGGCGUACCAGCAGCGGAUGGACCCUUAAGUGAUGCAUUAAAUGAACCAUCUACCGGAGCACCCAAUGGGCUAUCAAUGGCAACUACAAAUGGCCCAUCCGCUCUCGGAGGCAGCAAUGGAAUGGGAAGCAACAGCGCCAGCGAAUGCGCUCGUAUGCACAGUGGUGAGGCCAACCUCGGUGGUAAGCACAACAGUGGAAGUACAAUUCACAACGGAUGCCUCAGCGUAAGCGCCGCCGUCAUGAACGACAGCACCAUGAAUGACGCCACCAUGAAUGACACCACCAUGAACGAUGCCACCAUGAACGACGCCGCUACGGCACAGCAACGCAUAUAUGCGUACAACUCCAAGAAUGACAAUAAUGGAAGCGGCACACACUCUUCCUUCCUCAAGAGAGGCUGCUACGUGGGGGCAAGCGAAACGUACGCAGCUAGCCAAAACAACCACAAUGAACAGCAUGCCCAAAACCAAGACGAAAUUAUUUCCAUGAUAAUAGAGUUAAUAAAAUAUAUCUCGUGGAUGCAAAAGGCCCUAAUCAGAGCUUCCAAAGGAAACUACGUCAUGGACCACACAGAAAUUAAUGUCGAGAAAAUUUCAAAAGUCGUUCAUUCUGCUCAGGUCUUGUGUAAUAAACUGUUAAGACAAAAGUCUUUGGUGAACCAAACAGGAUCAAAUACUCGAAACCCUACAAACUUCAUCCCCAUGUACAACAACAAUUCUAAUAACCUCAGAAUAAAAUAUGCUAACCUGUAUGGAAACAAAAUGAACGCUAUGCAAAACAGACCGAUCGAGACCAAUCUCACCAACUAUAAUGCAGUUAGUGUUUUUAAUAAUAUUAUCAAUCAUAACAUGUUGAGCCUGUCCAAUUGCGCUUCUGCCCAGAGGAACAUCUCCUCCGCGCCAUCCUGCAGUAGCGGUGGGAGUGGUACGGGGAGUGGCUCGGGGAGUGGCGCGGGCAGUGGCUGUGCAAAUGGGGGUGCAAAUGGAACCGGCAAUGACAGCGCAUCGAACAGCACCAGCGGAGAGGGCCCACCAAACGAAAGGGGACAAAACGGGACAAGUCCCAACAACCUGUGCAACCUAACAAGCGUCACAAGUUUAACCAACGCACCAGGAAACGGGAACGGAGGUAACGGAAACGGCAGCCACGGAAAUGGAAGCAAUGGGAACAGCAGCAACGCUACCAUGGACACAGACUCCUCGCUGAACAACUUGAGCAGCAUCAAUAAUGGAAGUAUUUUACCCUACUACUCGAACGCCUGCCACAUCACCUGCGUCCCACCCUCAGCAUGUUCCACCAGAAAUGAUAACAGAAUUAACCAUUUUAUAAAACAGGAAAAUAAUUACAUGUACACAAAUAAGACAAGUGAAGACUUUUCAAACAACAUACAACGCAACGACAAAAAUAAUUACUACAAUGACAAACAGGAUAUUUUUUUCUCAGCACUCUCCAAGCAGUACAACUCAAACUUUAAUAUCUCUUUUAACAAUAUAAAUAAUUCUGUCUCGAAUUUUUACAGGACCGUUUCGAAGAACUACAACAUUAGGGACACCAUUUUGAAUUUAGACAAGUAG